AUGGCAUCCCACCGCCUCUUCCGCUUCCCCAAGCCGCAAUGGCUCAACAACGCCAACACACGCACCGCAGGCGUCUACCUCGCUGGCGCCCUCUUCUCCCUCGGAUUCUUCUUCUUCAUCGACGCCUCCGCCUUCUCCUCCUCCCCGCGCAACGGCUCCAAGGUGCACAUCACCUUCGUGGACUGGAUCCCCGGAAUCUGCUCCGCGCUCGGCAUGCUCGUCAUCAACAGCAUCGACAAGUCGCGGCUGGCGGCGGAUAGCUUCAGUUACAGCGGCAACGGCGUCGCGUGGAAGGCGCGGCUGGUGCUGUUUUUGGGGUUUGCGCUUAUGGCGGGCGGGCUUGCGGGCAGUGUUACGGUUAUGGUGCUCAAGUAUGUGGUGCCCGAGUAUCCGUGGCCGACGCUGUGGUUUGGGGUCGCGAAUGUGGUUGCCAAUGCGUGUAUCAUGUUAAGCUCGGUGGUGCUGUGGGUGUCGCAGAAUAUGGAGGAUGAGUAUACUUAUAACCUGGCGUUGUAG